AUGAGUCCGUACCUCAUUCUUGCUGUGAUCACAGCCACGUACCUUGGCUUCAAGAUCGUCCGAUCGCUCCACGAUGCGUAUUUUGGGCCUCUUUCAAAGUUCCCAGGACCGAAGCUCCGAGCUCUCAGUAAAUGGCCGUCAAAUAUCACAGUGAUACGCGGCAGCGAAGGCGUCGAGCUUCCUGCACUCCACGAGCAGUACGGGCCAGUCGUUCGAAUCGGGCCAAAGGAGCUUUCCUACGCGGGUGGAGCGGCGUCUUGGCGAGGCAUAUAUGGGUGGGCAAACAACCCUCGCUCCUGCCCGAUGUAUGCUGACUUUCGACGCACCAAACCACUCAAUCGAGUUGAUGGGAUAUUCACGGCUGAUGAUGCGAACCACGGUCGACAGCGGAAAAUCUUGUCUCACUCGUUUGCCGACAAGACUUUGAAGGACUUUGAGCCAAUGCUGAAGCUGUGGGUCGGAAAACUGACGGACAGGAUCGCUGACAAGUCCGGCGAAGAGGUCGAUCUGUUGCAAUAUUACAACUGCACCACAUUCGAUAUCAUGGGCGACUUGACUUUUGGCGAAGACUUGCACAUGCUUGAGACUGGAGAAUACAACGACUGGGUCAAGGCUAUAUUCCAGGGAAUCAAGAGUGGCACAAUCAUUCGGGGGGUCAAGCACCUGAGCGCCAUCUCCGAGUGGGUAGUAAACCGGUUCGUUGUGUACAACCCGAAAGUCAGGACAGCAACCGCAGCUCCAAGCUUUGCUAAUGUUUGCUCUCUAUAUAGUGAGCGUCGUGAUCUAUGGACAAAGAUACUCGCGAAGAGCAACACUCCAGAAGCGCUGACAUAUGACGAACAUCACUCCAAUGCCGCCAUCUUCAUGGUCGCGGGCACUGAAACGACCGCUGCGGCUCUCGCCGGAACAACCUACUGGCUUCUGCGCAAUCCCGAUUGCUUGAACAAGCUCACCUCGGAAAUUCGCGAUGCAUUCGCGAACGCUGCAGAAAUUACCCUGGACUCGGUCCAGCGUCUCCAGUAUCUGCAAGCUGUACUCCAAGAGGGUCUUCGCAUGUACCCACCCGUGCCCUCCAAGCUACCGCGCGAAGUGCCCGCAGGAGGAACAAUGAUUGACGGCGAAUUGAUCCCCGAACACACCAGCGUCGGGGUGCAUCAACUCAGCACCUACAGAUUGGAGUCAAACUUCAAGGAUGCCUACGAGUUCCACCCGGAGCGCUGGCUCGGCGACGAACGGUACGCAAACGACCACCUUGAUGCUCUUGAGGCCUUCAGCGUUGGUCCCCGAAGCUGCAUAGGGAAGAACCUGGCAUGGCAUGAGAUGAGACUCAUCCUCACCAACAUCCUCUUCCAUUUUGAUCUGCAGUUGUCAAAGGAGUCGAUCGAUUGGCACGACCAAAAGAUCUACACGAUUUGGGAGAAGAGACCGUUGCUCGUUCGAGCGGUACCCCGAUCUUCUUGA